ACAUGUCUCAUCAAUCAUUACUGACGUUGAAUUCCAAUAUACAAGCCUAUUUCAUUCUGUUAUAAAACAAGAUGACUAAAUGAAUCUUUGCAGGUUUCUUUCCCAAAGUUGAAGACACUAGUUCUCGAUAAUUGUGUAAACUCAAGAGAGAUACAUCCUUGGAAUCUUCAGGCUAGCAAAAUAAGUUUAAAAUUCUUGGACGUAGCGAAUCUGGACAAGUUAAUUGUGAGAAAUUGUAGUGAGGUGGCAGAGGUUUUUCAACUUGAGGGGCUAAAUGUUGGAGAAGGACAACAUGUUAGGCCAUUAAUUGAAGUAAGAAUGAUGGAAUUGGAUGGAUUACCUCAAUUGACAUGUUUGUGGAACAAAGAUCCCCAUGGAAUUCUGGGCCUUCAAAGCCUACAAUACCUAACAAUUAAGAAAUGUUCCCUCUUGAGAAAUCUAUUCACAUGUUCCACCGCCAUGGCUCUUCAACAACUUAAAGUACUUUAUUUGAAGUCUUGUCCAGUGAUGGAAGAAGUUAUUGCAGCAACAGAGGAUGGGCUCAAGGAAGUGAUUGAUGUGAUUGAAUUCCCAAAGUUGGAGUGGCUAAUACUGAAAGAUCUACCAAACCUCAACAGUUUCUGUAAUGCAAACUAUAAUUUUAAUUUGCCAUCAUUAAACAGAGUUGUUCUGAAGAGGUGUCCGGAUAUGCACAACUUUACUUUGGGACAAGUACGCAUGUCACAGAUAUUUGUAAGUACACGUGGCAAUGAAGGCCUUUGGACAGAAGAUCUCAAUAAGUAUUUAGAGGAACGACUUCUGAAAGGAGAGGAAUGCGCAACCGUGGAUGAAAGUGAUUUUGACAUCGAAGAAGAAGAGUUCUCUAACCUUUAUUGGCUAGAUGAGUAAAGUAAGUUGAUCAUCCUUUAUUAUUAAUAUAU